AUGGCACCUUUACACCUUUCCACUAUCCUCGCCCAUACACCUUCAGCUCUUCUAUCCCAAAUAUCGCGUAUAUCUUCCAAGUACGGCGGUCGCGGUCAUGCCAUCCUUUUUACGCUUUCGAAUAACUUUGAAGCUGCUAGUGAGCUACAGAGUGUGGUCGAUGGGUUGACGAGCUUGAGUAAUUGUGGAGAGGAUAAAGGACGGACGCUGGGCUGUUUGGUCGAUUCAAUUAGUUCCAUGAGGCUCCCUGCGUCGAAUUCUUCUCAAAAAUCCAACAACCCUGAAUAUACCAACAAUAUACUUUCCUGUUCAAUCGGCGUGUUUGACUCCAGUCGCUGUGUUCCAUUCUACUCAGAGCUUCGGGGGCGGACGCAACCUCAAGUUGGCCGGUGGCAUGCGUUCAGAAAGAAAAAUGUUCAUAACGGUGACCCCAAUUCAAUAUUCAACAUCAAAGACAGCGAUACGAACGAGUGGGAACCGGAUUGGGCCCUCACGUCCAUGAACGGGGAACAAAAGGCGGGACAAGUAAACUGGGAAGAUAUCUGGAGCCGUUCGAUUUCGAAUACUUCAUCGACCUCUGAACUGCUUCCGGAUUCUUUGCGCGACAUAGACCAUACUAAAAUCAAAACAGUCCUUUCAUUAUCGAAUGUAAAUCCCGAUACCCUUACCCAUGUACUCCACGAUUCUCUACCCCAAGCAUCUGCUCUCACAGUGAUCGCUUCCCCUACGCACUUCACGACUGGACGCCCUGUGACAUUGUUUUUGGACGGGAAGAUCCACGGGGAGGGCGCGGUGGGCCUAGCAUUUUUAGAUGAUGACAUGAAGAACAGGACAGAAUUUAUAGGCGUAAAGGCACUCUCAAAACCCAUGACGAUCACCAGCCGUGAGGGUAACAUGGUGAACGAACUAGAUUCUUCCAAUCCUACAAAGCUGCUUAUUGCCUCGCUCGACUCGGCGGGACUGUCGCCUUCAUCCCAACUUGGAACCUCUUCUUCCGUCCGGCAUUUCAAAGACGGGGAACAGUUCGCUCUUGGGGUUCUCUCUGCUGACGGCAAUUUGACAAGCACGUACAGAAUUACAGCCGGGGACCCUUCAUCUCGAGGCGGGAGCCUUUCUCUCGACGCACACGCUGCGCCGGAGGUGGGUACCAUCGUACAGUCUUCGGAGCAUGGCUCAGAUUUUGUGCGCGUGAUUGAGAACGCUUUCAUUGUCCCAUCUACUCAAGGUUUUGUAUUUUCAUCUGCACUCCAUCCUAUGUGGACAUGCUCUCUUCCUGGAGGCUCAGUCGCAUUGGAAUGGAUCUAG